AUGACUGACGAGAACUGUGUUAAUGUGGUCCCCAAGGGCUGUGAUAUCUAUUCACGUCUAGUGAAGGGUGUCCUCCCGCCAACACCUACGGAGGCUACCACUCCGCACUCAGGGGAAGACAGUCCAGUGAGCCUUGGUGAGGAAGCCCAUCCUCUAGGUGGUAAGAGAGGUGACCGGUUUGCCCUAUUUGCCUGCAGGACAUCUUCGAAUCUCCUCUUGAUACACUGCUUCAACUACCAUGCUCACACACACUUCACUAUCUAUGCGUUAUGGACUGGUUCCGCUCCUCCCAACUGUCAUGUCCGAUGUGUCGGCAUGUCCCACCUAAAGGCCUCAGCCACUGCGUAA